AUGACACGGUUGAUUUGGUUAUUAUGGCUAACUUUGAUCAGUGGGAGUUUGGCGAUAUUUGAAGAUCAAGUUGGAAAAUUGGAUUGGAGAAAGGAAUUGGUCGGAUGUCCGAAUAAUGUGGUAUUCGAUAAAGUUGAACGGUUGGUUUGAAAUAUUGUUUUUUUUUUUUUGAAACUGAAAUUAAAAAUGUUGGUUGGUUUCAGGGGAUCGGAUCGUAUUAUUUUGACAACGGAUGAGGAUAUUUUAUCGGCUCUUUCGCUGAAUACUGGUGAAAUUGGUGGGUUUUUGUGCUUGGGAGAUGGAAAAGGAUUUGGGCAGAAAAUUGCUCCAGCGACUCGGGAGAGACCUUUUUUGAAUUACAUUAAUGCCCCUAAAAUUAAAUAUUCGUGAAAAAUUCCAAUUUAAAUUUGAAAAAAAAUUUAACCAAAAAAGUGUCCAAAAAAUCUGUACAGCUACCGAGUUCCUUUAAAUUCAAAAUUCUGUCGAUUUUUCAGCUUGGCGACGAAUUCUGGAAAAACGAACAAAUCCAUCGUACACUCCAGUUGUCUCCACUUCUGAUCAAGAUUAUAUUUACACAGUUUCCGAUGAAGGAAGAAGUAUUCGAGUGUUCAGAAAAGCAGAUGGAGUUCUCAAUUGGCAAUAUUUGUUGGAUGAGGAAAAAUCUGAGAUGUAAGUUUGAACAAAUUUUUUAAUUGCAAUAAAUUUUUCCAGUGCUGAUAUAAUUACAACAAGUACAAAUAUUUUUGUGACGAAUUCGAGGAAAAUUGCGAUUUUCGAAAAGAAUCGCGAGACUCCGAUCGGUGUUCAUAAUUUGCCAGCUGGUGUCAGGUUUUCGAAAUUUGUCAGAUCGGCUGAUGAAAUUUUGAACCUGGUGAUCCGAGAAAAUUCGCAAUCUAUCGAUGUUCGAAGUGUUUCGCCGGAAAAUGUUGAAGUUGUCAGAAGCAUCCAGGGAAAUGUGAAAAAUAUUGAGAAAUGUGAAAUUGUUGGAGAAAAUCUCGUAUGCUAUCACAGCGAUAGUUUAACAGUUUUCAAUGUGCAGUCGGGUACUUCAAAAGAUAUUUCAACUGCAUUGACAAUCACACAAAUUGGAGGAAAUUCGAAAUAUUUGAUUGUUCGCAGUCAAAGUAGUGUGAAAAUCUAUGGCGAGAAUUUAUUGGAAGUCGCGAAAAUUGAUGGAAAAUAUGAUGCGUUUAGUUUAUCCAAUGAUUAUUUGAUUUUGGCAAGCAAGGGUGAAAUUCGAGUUGUUUCGUUGCAAAAUGGAAAUGUUUUAUUCAAGGUUUGUCUGAAUUAAAAACAAUUUGGCUCAUAAAAUGUAUUUUUUCAGACAAAUUUGGCUUCAUCUGAAACACGUGUUUCUCCUCGGCGAAUUUAUGCAUCUUCAACAAAAGAUAUCGAAUUAAUUGUAAUUGGAGAAGAUUGUAAAAUCGAAAUGAUUGUUAUUGAAAUUGGAAAACAAGCAAUAAUUGAAUGGAAAAGAGAAGAAUCUCUUAUGAGAAUAUCAGCCGUUGAAAUGGUUGAUCUACCAUUAUCCGAAAGUCAACAAUUAAUUGAGGAUGAAUUCGAUGAGCAACAACAUAAUAUUAUCAGCGCAUUUAUUCGUCGUAUUGUUGUUCAAAUUGGACAAAUUCGUCGAUGGGCAAUUCGAAGUGUUGAACAAUUAUUCGCAAUAACUGCCACGUUUUCGAGUAAAAAUGGAAAUGGAUUUUCGGAUUUUGUGAAAAGCGUGAAACAAUCUGCAUCAACUUCAUUUUCAAAAGAUGGACCAUUUGAAAGAGAUUUAUUCAAUAUUCGAAAAUUAAUCAUUGUUUCCACUCUUGAUGGUGUGAUUUUCGGUUUAGACAGCGCUGGUGGUGAUAUUUUAUGGAGAUUUUAUCUUGGUGAGAAUUUUUCGCCACUCAAAUCUGAAAUUUCUGGAAAUUCUCAAUUGCCAUUAUUUGUUCAACGAACAACUGCACAUUAUCAAUUAAAUGGUCAAGCUUCUGUUAUAUUUUCGGAUUCAGUAACUUCAAAUGGUAUUAUUGUUUCGUUCAAUCCAAUUACCGGUGAAAUUGUUUCGCGAGAAGUUUUGGGAGGAAAAAUCAAACGAGUUUCGCUGUUACCAAAUAUCGAUAAAUCCACGCAUGUUCAUCCAUUGAUUAUUCUACAAACUAAUGGAGCUAUCAAAUAUUUCCCAGAAAUUGAAGAGGUUCAAGGAAGUUUGCAUAUGUUGGAUGUUGAAAAAGAUAAUCGAAUUGUUGGAGGACUCAAAAUCAAUCUGGCUAAGAAAACUAUCAAAAAAGUUUGGAGUGGAAAUCUUGGUUUGAGUCAAAAUGAUCAAAUUAUUGCGAUCAAAGGAAAACCAUAUAAUCGUGUGUUUUUAUUUCAGAAUUCUAAAAUUAUAAAAAUACAAAUUUUCCAGAAAAAGUGCAUUCACAAGGUCGUGUUUUGAUUGAUCGAAAUGUUCAAUACAAAUACAUCAAUCCAAAUUUGGCCGCAAUUGCUGCAAUCAAUCCAACAUCACAAAUUCUAACAAUUAUUUUGGUUGAUGUUGUGUCGGGUCAAAUUGUUCAUUCAGCGUCGAUUGGAAAAGCCGCUGGACCUGUGCAUUUUGUACAUUCGGAGAAUUGGUUGGCUGUAAGUUUUUGAUUAUUUUGUUAGGGUAGUUUUUACUCAACACUUCAAAUUUUUAUGAAAUUUUGUCCAUGGACAGCUUUUGGGGUCAAAAGAACACUUAAAAAAUUUUAGUGGAUCUCUGAGCCAAGUUCUGGCCUCUCAAAAAUUGCCAAAAUUGACUCAUAGCUAUUUUUGGGAGAAACAAAGUUUCAGAUAUUAAUCAGCAUAGUCGAUUUACUAAAAGUACGCCAAUAAAAAACAUUUUUUCAAAAAAAUUUGAAGUUGUUUCAUUUUUCGGCUGAAAAUUCAUGUGCUCUUUUUUCCAAAAUCAAAAUUUUUCUGACAAUUUUAAUUUGAUGAGAAUUUGAUUUAUCGAUGCUUUUUGAACAAUUUUUGAACUUUUGUUGACCCCAAAAGUUGUCCCUGGACAAAAUUUCAUCAAGAUUUGAAGUGUUGAGUAGAAAAAGGUUCCCUCGUUUGAUUUAUCCAAAAAUUUAAUAUAUUUACAGUACUCGUAUUGGUCCGAAAAAGGAAGAAGAACUGAACUUGGAAUAAUUGAACUUUAUGAAUCAUCUGAUUCACCAUCUCAAAAAGAAACAUUCAAUUCAUUGAUUCCAACUGAACAUGCUCCUGUUGUUAUGACUCAAGCAUAUAUUUAUGCAAAUGGUGUUGAAGCGAUGUCGGUUUCAGAAACUGGUGAGAUAUUUUUUCUAUUUUUUCCCCAUUUUUAUAUUGAUGCAAACCUCACCCAAUACCUGGAAUUCCAGGUGGGCAAUUUUUUUUCGAAAAACCUAGGUGGGCAAAUUUUUUUAGGGUCUUUAAGGCGAGCCUCAGCUGGGCAAAAUUUUUUUAGGGUCUUUAAGGCCAGCCUCAGCUGGGCAAAAUUUUUUAGGGUCUUUAAGGCGAGCCUCAGCUGGGCAAAAUUUUUUUAGGGUCUUUAAGGCGAGCCUCAGCUGGGCAAAAUUUUUUUAGGGUCUUUAAGGCGAGCCUCAGCUGGGCAAAAUUUUUUUAGGGUCUUUAAGGCGAGCCUCAGCUGGGCAAAAUUUUUUAGGGUCUUUAAGGCGAGCCUCAGCUGGGCAAAAUUUUUUAGGGUCUUUAAGGCGAGCCUCAGCUGGGCAAAAUUUUUUAGGGUCUUUAAGGCGAGCCUCAGCUGGGCAAAAUUUUUUAGGGUCUUUAAGGCGAGCCUCAGCUGGGCAAUAUUUUUUAGGGUCUUUAAGGCGAGCCUCAGCUGGGCAAAAUUUUUUAGGGUCUUUAAGGCGAGCCUCAGCUGGGCAAAAUUUUUUAGGGUCUUUAAGGCGAGCCUCAGCUGGGCAAAAUUUUUUAGGGUCUUUAAGGCGAGCCUCAGCUGGGCAAAAUUUUUUUACUAGGUGGGCAAAUUUGGUAAAUAAACCCAGGUGGGCAAUUUUUUACCCACUUCUCCAGGUUCUUGGGUGAGGUUUGUAUUGAUGUUUAGAGCAAGGUUUAACUACACGAUCAAUUCUUCUCGCUUUGCCAUGUGGAAAUAUUCACGAAGUUUCGAAGAGAAUAUUAGACGCAACACGACCAUUUGAAGUGACACAGGCGAUGAGAGAAGAAAUGAUUAUUGGAUAUAUGCCUGAAAUUCCGAUUGCAACUGAAGAAAUGAUCAAUUAUAAUCAAACGAUUCAUCGAGUUCGAGGAAUUAAAGCAGCGUAUGUGUCUUUUUGGAAAUAAUGAUAAAUGGUUAUCCAUUUUCAGACCCGCGGGAUUAGAAUCAACUAGUCUUGUUUUGGCAUAUGGAACUGAUCUCUUCUUCACUCGAUUGACUCCGUCAGGAACUUUUGAUAUACUCAAGGUAUGGUUUUUUUCAGAAAACCUAUUGAAAAUUGAUUUGAAAACAUUUUUUGUUAAUUUAUUCCCAAAGCCUGAUUUCAGGCAGAAAAUAAGGAUUUUUUUUUUCAAAAUUUAGUUUCACCGCCAAUUUAAAAUUUAAAAAAAAUUGGUCCACAAAUAAGAAAAUCAGUUCAAUUUUUUGGCCCGAGCUCAUUUUCAGAUUCCCAAAAAUUAAUUUCUGAAAAUAAAAUUCAACAGUUUAGAAUUUUUUCUGAAAAAUGUUAAUUUAUUCCCAAAGCCUGGUAUCAGGCAGAAAGUAAUGGGGUGAUUCAGGUCGAAAAAAAAAACUAAAAAAAAAAAACAUUUUUUUUACAAAAAAAUUCGAUUCAGCAAAUGUCAAAAAACUAUAUUUUUUUCCACACAAAAAUGAGAUAUAUCUCGCAGCGAAAAUGUUUCAAUGAAAAACAAUGUCAAAAAAUGUCGAGAAAUAGAAAAAAAAUAUAGUUUUUUGACAUUUGCUGAAUCGAAUUUUUUUGUAAAAAAAUGUUUUUUUUUAGUUUUUUUUUCGACCUGAAUCACCCCAUAAGGAAUUUUUUAAAAAUUUUCCCAAAUUUAAUUUUACCCCAAUUUAAAAUUUGAUAAAAUAUUCAUUUUGGAGAAAUUUUGUCUAUAAAGAAAAAAAGUUCAAUUUUGCCGCGAGCUUAUUUUAAGAUUCCCAAAAAUUCUUAACUUCUGAAAAUAAGAUUUGAGAAAAAUAGCCUUCUGAAAGUGCUAUUUUUAAAAUACAGUUCCUUCAACAAAUCAAAUUUACAGGACGAUUUUGAUCACGUGUUGAUAUCUCUAGUCUUAACUGCUCUCGUCGUUGGUUCAUAUGUCGCAAAACGUUGGGCCAGAGCGAAUGCAUUAGCCGCUCAAUGGGCAUGA